CUCUGUCCCAAGUCCCAACUUAUGUGCAUAUUCCUCUUAACUCCCUUCUCUUGAAUCUGAAUUCGAGUGUUAAGGGAUCAUUCAAAUUUCAUAACUUGGCUUUGUAGCAUUUCCCUUUAGGUAUAAAAUGGGAAGGCAACCUUGUUGUGACAAAGUUGGGUUGAAGAAGGGGCCAUGGACUGCAGAGGAGGAUAAGAAGCUCAUCAACUUCAUCCUCACUAAUGGCCAAUGUUGUUGGAGAGCUGUUCCUAAGCUAGCAGGACUAUUAAGGUGUGGAAAGAGUUGCAGGCUUAGGUGGACAAAUUACUUGAGGCCAGAUUUAAAGAGGGGCCUUCUAUCAGAAUAUGAAGAGAAAAUGGUCAUUGAUCUUCAUGCUCAACUUGGCAAUAGAUGGUCCAAGAUUGCUUCUCAUCUGCCUGGAAGAACUGAUAAUGAGAUAAAAAACCAUUGGAACACCCACAUAAAGAAAAAGCUAAAAAAAAUGGGCAUUGAUCCGGUCACACAUAAACCACUACCUAAUGCAAUUGAACAAACCCAAAAUCAACCCAAUCAACAACAACCAGAGGAAGAACAACAACAACAUCAACCACCUUUGCAAGUUGACUUUGACCCCAACAAAGAGCCAGAGAAGGCAGAGAUUUCACUAGAGUCAUCAAACAUCACUGAAGGAAAAGAUGAAGACCAAGUCAUAAUUACAUCCCCAUUUGACUCUAUGGAGCUUAUGAAUGGUUUCUGCACCGAUGAAGUUCCAAUAAUAGAACCUGAUGAGAUUCUAAUGCCUUGUGCAACUUCCUCUUCUUCCACAUCCACAUCUUCUUCAAAUUCAACCAAUUUCCUUCAAGACUUGCAGCUACCGGAUUUUGAAUGGUCUUGUAGUUACAAUGAUAAUAUUAUUAUUAACAAUGACAAGAAUGAAAACGAAAUCAACAACAACAGCAAUAUGGCCUUGUGGGAUGAUGACUUUAUUAGCAGUCUCAAUUGGCUGAUUAAUGAAGACGAUGAUAGUGAUGGAAACCAAGUAUUUGAUGACGAUCCUUUCACUCAGUUCUCAAGAAUGCCCAUGGAUUCAGAAUCUUGGGCAUAUGGCUUAUUUUGAUUUCAAUUUUUCUGGCUUAUUUGCAAUUUGUUUCUAAGUUUUUAAAGAAGAAUAAACACUGAAUCAUUCAUUAGGAAGAA